AGUGCCAACAUGCCCUUCCCAAGGCGUCGGUCUUCAUUCUUGGGGUCCCACCCCUCAUCCAGCCUUGAGAGUCCAGGGGCCUCAGGCUGCCGGGUCAGUGUUGUAGGGAAUAACCCGAGCAGCCUCCCCAGACCCCCAGGGGUAUAUGUGGGGGCAGUGCCAACCGGAGGAGUGAGCAGCCUGGGCACCCGGGUGUCCCGCCGGGCCCUGGGCAUCAGCAGCGUCUUUCUGCAGGGUCUGCGGAGCUCGUCCACAGCCCUCGCUCUGAGCCCAGGACUGGACAAGAACAGGGACAUCUUCUUCGAGUCCCUGAAUGGCUGCAUGAUAGAAUACAUUGAGAAAGUCCGUGCCUUGGAGCAGGUGAACAGGGAGUUGGAGGAACAUCUGCGGGUCUACCUGGAGAAGAAAGCCUCUAGCAUCAGCAACUGGGGAACCCUACAGGAGACCUGGGAAAACAUCUACCAUCAGGUGGGUGAUGCUGUCUUAGACAAUGCUCGGCUUAUGCUACAGACUGAGAAUACUCAGGCUUGUGCUGAAGAUUUUAAAGAGAGAUAUGAAAAUGAGCAGCCCUUCCGAAAAGCAGCUGAAGAUGAAAUUAACUCCCUGUAUAAAGUGAUUGAUGAUGCUAAUUUGACUAAAAUGGAUCUAGAGAGCCAGAUUGAAAGCAUGAAAGAAGAACUGGCUUUUUUGUCAAGGAACCAUGAAGAGGAUGUGAAGGUGCUAUACAAACAGUUGGCCGGGUCAGAGUUGGAAGGAAUGGAUGCUCCCAUUGGUACUGGCUUAGAUGACAUUCUGGAGACCAUCAGAAUUCACUGGGAGAAGGACAUAGAGAAGAACCGGGCAGAAACAGGGGCCUUGCUCUACGCCAAGCAACAUUCCCAAGUGGUCCAGACAGCUCGGUCCCAAGAGGAAGAAUUGGUGGAAGCCCUCAGAGCAGAGUUUCAUGAUACUGCUUGUGAUAUUCAACGCCUUCAAGCGGAGACGGAGUCCUUGAGAACCUUGAAAAGAGGUCUGGAGAACUCAUUGUAUGAUGCCAAGCACUGGCAUGACAUCGAGCUCCAGAACCUGGGCUCUGUUAUCGCCAAGCUAGAAGCGGAGCUUGGGGAAAUCCAAAGGGAAACCGAGCAGCAGCAAAAAGACCGCGAGCAUCUGUUGUCCGGCAAGCUCCAACUGGAGAAAGACAUCGUGUCCUAUCACUGCCUUCUGGAUAGAGAAGGAAGCAGCCCUGAGUUUCCCCCUCUCCCUCCCGUCGGCUCUUUCAAAAGUGAGGGCGGUGCCAAGUGGGCAGCUGGCAGCAGCAGCAGGGGCCGGAGCAGCGGCAGGAGCAGCAGCCGCCGCGGCGGGAGCAGCAGCGGACGCCCGAGCCGCCCCGCCUGCCCAGCCCCGCGUGCGCACGGAGCCGUAGCCGCUUGCGGGCCCGAGUCGAGCGGACCGUACCACCGCCGGGCGGCGCGCAGGGGGGACAGCCGGGGCCCGCCCCGCCAGCGCCGCCGAGCCCGGGUGAGAGCGGGCGGCCACGCCGCCCUAGGCCGCGCGGCGGCCCGGGCGGGAGGGCGGCAGGGCGCGGGUCCCCUCCCUUCUCCUGCCCUCCUCUCCCCUCCCGACCAUGUGUCCGGGCCCGGGAGAGGCCUCCCCUCGGCCGCCACCGCGGCGUGGGCCACCAGGCGUCCAUGUGACGCGCGUGUCCGCAGGCCUCGAAACCGCCUCCGCCCCGCCUUUACUCCUUCCUCCCGCGUUCGGAAGCCGGGUGGAUUGCUGCCCGCGAGGGUGGCUCUGAACACGCCGGAGUCUGUGACCCUGGAGAGGGAGGCCGCUCGGGCCUCCAUCGGAGCCCCCAGUCUCCGGAAUGUGGCGACUUAA